AUGUCCGCUCCUGAUUACUCAAAGCAGGGAUACAAGGACAUCAUCGUCACGCUCGAUGGGCCUGUCUUGACGAUUCUCAUUAACCGUGCUAAAAAGCGGAACACAUUCGACCGAACACUGCUGAAUGACCUCCUUCGUAUCUUUGAUCUCUCGGACAAGGACGACCGUGUUCGCGUUGUCAUUAUGACAGCCGAGCCUACCGCUCCUGCCUUCUGCUCAGGCGCAGAUAUAUCGGGAGGAUGGGAUGGCCUUUGGACACCGGAAGAGGAGAAAGAGGGAGAGCAUGCGGCUCGCGACAUCGGAGGGCAACUCUCCAUGGUCAUCUACAAUAGUCGAAAGAUCACGAUCGCCGCUGUGAACGGGCACGCGGCCGGAGUUGGUAUGACAGCCAUGCAGCUGCCAUUCGACAUUCGUUUUGCAUGGGAAGGAGCUAAACUUAGUUUCUCGUUCGUAAGGCGCGCCAUUUCACCCGAAGCACUGUCCACCUACCUUCUUCCCCGCCUCAUUGGUCUCUCACGCGCUAAUUCCCUCCUUCUUGGAGGAAUGACCGUCUUUCCAACUUCGCCCAUGAUCAGAGACCUCUACCACGCGACCUUCCCAACGCGCGAAGCUGUAUAUCCAGCAGCUAAGGCUUUCGCAGAAGAGCUAGCAUCUAACACAUCACAACUUGGAAAUGCAUAUACCAAGGGUCUAAUCCAACACGCCAGUGACACCAUUGAGGAAACCCACCUUCACGAAUCGCGUUCGAUGAAGCUUCUUGGCAGCUCUCCUGAUGGCGCGGAAGGAGCUGCUGCGUUCAGAGAAAGACGGUUGCCCAAAUUUAAUGCAACAUUGUCGAAAGAUUCCUCUCCGUGGUACCCCUGGUGGCGGCGAAUUGAUGUUCGUCAUCACCGAGCCAAGCUCUAG